GUAUAAGAACUAUAAUAUAACACCACUGUGCACAUCGGUUCCGUGUGUUGCUGUUGUGGGAACUGCCGCGAGUACCGUGUGUCUAUACCUUGUACAUUAUAUAGGUACCAAACUAACCUAAGCUGAACAAGGAUCAGUCCCGCAACCGCAAUAAAUCCGUAUGGAAGCUUGAAAAAUUUCUGUCGAAAUAUUUUACAUGCUGAUAGUUAAUUGACGGAUAAAAUUGAACUUUUUAACUGUACAAAAUGGCCCCGCGUCUCAAGAUUUUAUCCAACGUUAUCGAACGUCUGGCUAAGCUCAAUGCCGCGGUUACUGGUCAUCUGUACGGAGUAAUGUACGAGGAAACUUUGACUUUGUUGACUUUUAGUAUAAAUCCUGUUGACGAUGAAAAUCAAAUUUUACCUAUGGACCUACAGUUAUGCAUGCCAGCAGAAGUUGAUCUUUUUGGAAUUUUGUAUGUCGAUCAAUACAAACAAGAUAUUCCUGAUGCAUUUAAGGACAUAGAUGUUACAGACAAUCCUUUGCUCAUAAAGUAUUCCCUGGAUGCAGCUAGCAUCAAUGCUUUCUAUUAUAUACACCAGAAAUUAGAGGCCAUCAAAUACGAAAUCAUUACAGAAGAUGAUUUCUUGCAAAAUUUCUACUACAUCAGAUUACAAGCAACCCUGCCAUUCAUUUCAGAGAAAACAACUGUUCUUGACUCUCUUCAAAAAACCAGAAAAAAUUUGGCUGCUGGAAAAGUAGCAUUUCACUUUCCACAAAGUGAUAUAUAUCUUCUAGGAAACGACAAUAAUGAAGAUUUAGAAAGUAAAUCCGCUAAAGAAUUAUUACAGUUUUCAGGAGCAUAUAAUACUCCAGGCAAUAAAAAAAACAAAAAAUCACCUGGUAUCAUUGAAGCUGUAACAGCUAAUAUGCUUUUAAAAAUGUCUAAUGACAAAAACUCUGAAGAGACUGUCAAGUAUGCUCCUGUUGUGCAACAAAUAAAACAGCCUAUUGAAUACUAUGAAUUUUCUUUGAAAAUUGAUGCUUUAUCUUUGGUUGGCCAUAAUAUCACCAUGGCACAGCUAUACGAAAUUUUAGUGGAAUCAAUUUGUAGAAACCUAAGGCUUGUAGGUUCAUCGUUUGAAAAUCAACUAGCAGUUGAAGAUGUAUCAUUGAGGCUUCCAGAACCAUUGCAUUUCAAACCAUUGAAUUUUGGUCAUUUGAUCACAUUAGUAUACCCAAUUGGAAUGUCAGCUUCGGAGACUUUUGAAUACAGAAAAAGUUUGCACAGAAGACUGGCUCUGGAAAUGAGUAAGCCUUAUUUUAGAAGAGGGAAUUCAAUCAGAUUUGAAAAUGAUUCUGAAAAGGAUCAAUAUCUUUUAAAUCCACAUGAAGCUGUCACUAAUCCAGAUAAUUGUCAAAUUAACACCAUAAGUGGCUUGUAUGCAUACCAUCAUUACAUGCAGGAUGGAUUUGAUGAUAAUGGUUGGGGCUGUGCAUAUAGAUCAUUGCAAACUAUAGUUUCAUGGUUCAGAUUGCAGGGAUAUACAGAAAAACCAGUUCCAACCCAUAAAGAAAUUCAAAAAUGUUUGGUAGAUAUUGGUGAUAAACCCUCAAGCUUUAUUGGGAGCAAACAGUGGAUUGGUUCUACUGAAGUUGGUUUUGUCCUUGAAACAAUGUUAGAUGUUUCUAUAAAAGUAUUAUGUGCUUCUAAUGGGGAAGAAAUGGCAACAUUAGUUUCUGAUUUAGCCCAUCACUUUCAAACUCAAGGAACACCUGUUAUGAUUGGUGGUGGUGUAUUAGCUCAUACUAUACUUGGUGUAUCCUUUGAUGAACUUUAUGAGGAUGUAAGAUUUUUAAUUUUGGAUCCACACUACACUGGUCCAGAGCAAUUGAAUACCAUAGUUAAUAAAGGAUGGUGUGGAUGGAAGAAAAAAGAUUUUUGGAGAAAAGAUGCAUUUUAUAAUAUGUGUCUUCCUCAGAGACCAAAGUGCAUCUAAUUAAUCAAUCAUCAAGUAAUAUUGUAAAUAUUGUGUACUGUUGAUGGAUGAAUAUUUACUGUGUAUAUGGAAGAUACAUAUUUUUUGUCUUUUGUCUAUUGUUAACAUUUGAAUAUAGAGGAAAAUGUAAUAAAAUAUUGUGAAAACACUGUUAAUUAUAUAUGUCUAAAUAUAGAAAAAUUUUUAUACAGUC